CAUCUUUCUAUAAACAACCCUAAACGACGACGAGAGGUGGAGCCGCGGAGCUGACAACUGUCAAAAGACCCUUCCUGAUAAGAAGAGCUCUUCUUCCGUCCUCAAAGCAUCCUGUCGUAGUGCUUUUGAAUCAGCUAUAAAGCCGCAUAACCGACGGGAGUAACGUUAUUCCGCAUCUCGUGAGUAUCACCGCUUUUUUUCUUCGCUACCCAGUUAUUGUGGAGCCGCUUCGGAUGAACGGAUCGCGUUUUGCCGAUAGAUUUUGACAAGCUGCAAGUCUUCCUGGAGACCCGCUGAGAGAUGUCAAGACGAAGCACAAGAUCAGUGACCAAACCGACGUCCUUUCCUGACGAUGAUGCUGCCAGCACCAGCUCCACUGGAUCCACUGGCCACAUCUCUUACAAAGAGAGCCCAAUCAGGAUCUUCAAGAAAAGGACCAGCCGCAAGGGCACUGGCAGCGUUUCACGCAAUUCAAGUCGUGCGAGCAGCGUGAGUCAAAUACUGACUGGACCGCGCAGCGACUUCAAUGCCACUGAGAAUGAGAAUGGCAUACCUACUCAAGGAUUUUCCUCUGGAUAUUCCUCAGCUGAGGAUCAUUAUGAACAACCUCUAAAGUCAAACCCUAGUUCUACCCAGUCUGCAGCUGAACCAGGCUUUGGCAUGUGGGACAUGUUUCAAUCUCCAGCUCAAGCUCUGGUUCUGCUGUACUGGUGGCUGGGCACUGCAUGGUACAGCCUCACCUCACGACUGUCUCUCAUCAAUGUGUUUCUGCUCAGCAGAUGCACAGCAGACAUGAAAAAAGCUGUCCUGCUGGUCCUCCUCCUUAUCUUUCUCAUUUUUGGGAUAUGGUACUGGUUCCCGUUUUCGUCUCGUCCUGCACCCCAUGUUGUCGUUACCAGCACUCCUCCUGUUAAACACACAGAUAGACCCGUAAAAGCAGUUUCUGAUGAUCAUCUCCAGCAUGCCAGUCUGUCUAACUUGAAGGACCAGAUCGCCAACUUGCAUGAACGAGAGGCAAACCUCAUGAGAGACAUUGAACUGCUGAAGGAAGAGAGUGCUAGACAAAAAGCCAAAUCUGAGAUGAUGCAAACCGAUGUGAGGACUAUCAAUGAUCACAUGAGAAACACUGAAUUGGAGCGUGGUCAGCAGAUUUCUGAGCUAAAGUCCAGCAUCUCAAACCUUCAUUCGACCCGAGACCUCCUUACGGGAAGAGUCGAUGCACUUGAAGCUCACAACAACAAUCUGAGAGCAGAGCUGUCUGAUUGGUUAAUAAAACACCUGAAAGAUCCAAGCUCACUGGAAUCAAGUAUAGUGCUGCGUCCGGAGCUGCAGAGGGCGCUACAGGAUCUGGAGAAACAGAUACUAGAGAAACUAGCGCAUGAGAAAGAGAGCAGCAGAGAAGUCUGGAGGACUGUAGGAGAUACGCUGCAGCAGGAAGGAGCCGGAGCCGCUACUAUACAAGAUGUAAAAGAAAUCGUCCACAGGGCUAUUAGUCUGUACAGAGCGGAUGGGAUUGGAUUGGCAGACUAUGCUUUGGAAUCUUCUGGUGCCAGUGUGUUAAACACUCGUUGUUCAGAGACGUACAAGACCAGAUCUGCGUGUCUCAGUUUAUUCGGUAUUCCUCUCUGGUAUCACUCAGAAAGCCCUCGUACAGUUAUACAGCCGGAGCUGUAUCCCGGGAAGUGUUGGGCUUUCCGAGGCUCUCAGGGUUUCCUGGUGAUCUCCUUGUCUUAUCCCGUUGCGAUCACACACGUCACACUUGAACACAUUCCCAAAGACCUGUCACCCACCGGACGCCUGGACAGCGCGCCCAAGGACUUUUCUGUUUACGGUGUGUCUAAUGAGACUGAAGACGGAAAGCUGCUUGGGACAUUCACUUAUGACCAGGAUGGAGAACCCAUUCAGACUUUUAAGCUUCCGGAGGUGUCAGAUGUCUACAGUAUGGUGGAGCUGAGGGUUCUGACUAACUGGGGUCACCUGGAGUACACCUGCGUUUAUCGCUUCAGAGUCCACGGAGAACCAGCACUCGCCUGACACCAUUCAA